GUUACACUGCACUAUAUAGUACUAAAAUAAAACAGGGCUAAAGUUGUUUCAAUCAUUGCUUGCUAACCGUUAAUAGCAUUUAAUACUUUCCUUAUCCCCUUUUCCAUAUGAUUUUCUACAAAUAAUUACGCUCAGAACCAAUUUACACAAAACCUUUUGAAAUUUGCACCCAAUAGUGAGAGCUGUUGCUGCUGUUUGAGUGUUUAGUCGUUCGCCGCUCUCUGCUUCAUUUGCUAAGUUUUUAUAAAUUUGCCGGUUUGCCCACAGGCCUCAACGUACAGAGAAACAAUAACAAAGCAUUCGUCACCUCAUCAUGGCAUCGGCUCGUAGAUUAACACAUUUAAAUCCCCAAAAAACGUUGUUUUUAUUAUGUGACGUUCAGGAGAAAUUCCGUCCAGCCAUGCCGCUAUUCGAUAAACUAUUGGAAAAUGCCAAACGAUUGACAACAGCUGGUAAAAUUUUGAAUGUCCCCUUGCUGGUGACCGAACAAAAUCCCGAAAAAUUAGGUAAAACUGUGCAGGAAUUGGAUAUAAGCCAUGCCAAGGCUAAUGUGGGUAAAACUCGCUUCAGCAUGAUGGUCCCCGAUAUUGAAAAACAAAUGCAAAGCCUUUUUGAUGGCGGCAAGCCCACUGAUGUGGUUCUAUAUGGAAUUGAGUCCCAUGUUUGCGUCGAACAAACAGCCAUCGAUCUUUUGGAGCGUAAUAUCAACGUCUUUCUGGUAGCCGAUUGUGUGGCAUCUCGUGUCAAUCAGGAUCGUGAUUUGGCCAUAGAGCGUUUACGCUCAGCAGGUUGCGUGAUAACCACCAGCGAGAGUGUAAUCUAUAAUCUGCUGCGCGAUAAAAAUCAUCCAAAGUUUAAUGAUUUGCGUAAAUUGUUGUUGGCCAAAUCGGCUGAUAUGCAGCUGACCAAGUCAUCAUCGGCAGCAAAUGAAAAUACCAAUUCUAAGCUUUAAUUAUUUUUGUUAAAAAAAUGUAAUGUGCCUAUGUAUAAUAAAAUUGAUUUUUAAUUACGUGUGUAA